ACAACUCAAUAGACGCCCCGUGCCAGAACCCAACGGAACGGAACGGAGCCAAGAUUAAAAAUGCUGAAGUAUUUCGCUUUCCUGCUGCUGCUGUGCGGCACUGCCUUGGCAGCCGACAGCUACGAUGGUUACAAGAUCUACGACAUCAAUACGCGCACCACAUUCGAGAAGGAGCUGCUGCUGCGCCUGUCCCAAAAUGCCGACUUGGACUUCUUCGAUAUGCCACGCUCCCUGGAGGCUGCCAGCCGCGUGAUGGUGCAGCCCAAGGACCAGGAGGGCUUCGAGCAGCUGCUGCAGAAGUUCGCCGUUGAGUACGUGGUGGUCAACGAGGAUCUGGGCGUGUCCCUCAGGCAGGCGCAGCUGGAGAACCAGAGCCAGCGUUUGAUGGCCCAACGCUCGGCGUCGCGCAGCAUCAGCUUCUCGGCCUUCCACCGCCACGCGGAGAUCAAUGCCUAUCUGGACGAGCUUGCGGCUGCCUAUCCCAGUCGUGUGUCCGUGCAGGUGGCCGGCAAAUCGUACGAGAACCGCGACAUCAAGACGAUCACCAUCAGCAACGGCGACGGCAAGACCGGCAAGAGCGUCAUCUUCCUGGAUGCCGGCAUCCAUGCCCGUGAGUGGAUCGCCCAUGCCGGUGCCCUGUACGUGAUCCAUCAGCUGGUGGAGAACUUUGCCGCCAACUCGGCGCUUCUGAAGGACUACGACUGGGUCAUCCUGCCAGUGGUGAAUCCCGACGGCUACGAGUACACCCACACCAGCACCCGCAUGUGGCGCAAGACCCGCAAGCCCGUCAGCAGCUCCUGCUACGGCACCGAUGCCAACCGCAACUUCGACUACCACUGGGGCGAGGUGGGUGCCUCGAGCUACUCCUGCGCCGAUACCUUCAAGGGCGAGACCGCCUUCUCCGAGCCAGAGACACAGCUGGUGCGCGAUCUGCUGCUCAGUCUGAAGAGCCGCGGCAAGUUCUAUCUGACGCUCCACUCCUACGGCAACUAUCUGCUCUAUCCCUAUGGCUGGACCUCCUCUCUGCCCGCCAGCUGGCGCGACAUCGAUGAUGUGGCCCAGGCUGGAGCGGCCGCCAUUAAGGCUGCCACUGGCACCAAGUAUGAGGUGGGCAGCUCCACGAAUGUCCUGUACGCUGCUGCCGGUGGUAGUGAUGACUACGCCUUCGCUGUGGCCGAGUUCCCCAUCUCCAUUACCAUGGAGCUGCCUGCUGGCGGUACUGGCUUCAAUCCCACCACUGCCCAGAUCCUGCCCUUCGUCGACGAGACCUGGGUGGGCAUCAAGGCCAUGGCCCAAAAGGUUGUCGAAAAGUACUAAGCGAGUGCAAUAAAAAACGCCCCCCGAUAUUCCCCAA